UCGUUAAAAUGCUUUCAAACGGUAGAAACAUUAAAUCGACUGCGAAAUCGGCUAUUAACCAGUAAAUAUUAAGACAAGUGCUAAAAGAAAACAAAAUCAAAUAAAAAAAAAAAAAAAAAACCGCAAUCAAGAAGUGUUUUCAAAUCCAUUUCAUAUAUGAAUUGUGUUAGCAAACUAAACUAACAAGAAAAAAAGAAAAAAAAAAAAAAAAGAGAAGAGGAGAGGAGAGAAAAAAAAAAGUUUGAAAUUUUUAAUUAAAUAUUAAUUAGUGUUUAAAUUAGAGUAAAAUGUCUAGUGCUCAAGUCUCUCAGCCGCCCACGUUGCAGCAAUUGCAGCAACAGCAUCAUCAUCAACAACAGCAACAACAACAACAACAACAGCAACAGCAGCAACAACAGCAACAGCAACAACAACAACAUCAGCAUAUAUCACAAUUUUUAAAUCAUAUAGCAGCCGCACAGCAACAACAACUGCAACAACAUCAGCAACCUACACAUACGCAUAGCUCGUCGCCAUCAAACAGUGAUUAUCAGCAAGAUUCCAAUACGCGUUCGACAUCGUCGCCACGAUCGCCGCGCUCGCAAAUGAGUCCGGCCCAGUCACCGGCUUCGACGCAUUCGAAUACAAAUUCGCCAAAACCAUUGACCUCUCAAAAUAAUAAUUUAACACCGCCAACCGAAUUGAAUAACUCAACGACGUCAAAUUCCUUAUUAACCUCGCAUACAGGUUCUUUGCCUUUACUGGUAGCUCCUGUAGCUGUUACUACCGCCAUUCAUAAUAUUACACCUAUGCCUCCUAGUGUUAGCUUAAGGGAUCAGCGCAUUUUUGCCGGCGGUCCUUUACCUGGGCAGCAAAGACUUUUUGAAGGUUUACCACCACCACCGCCACCGCCAUCCAAUACAUUACCAGUUGGUGUCGGUGUUUAUUCUCUGCCACGUUUACCUUUAUCUACUGUAAUGUUGAGUCAACAAAAUUCCAUUACUCAAUUGCCAGUGACAGCUCAAUCUCCAUCUCUACCAUCGUUAGCGACAACAACUACCGCUUCCGUAUCGCCGCCUUCAAUACCGCAAAGUCAACCGAAAAAAUCAUUUUGCAUUGAUGCUCUGUUAGCUAAGAAUCAAAAUUGCACCGAUUCCCUGCCGGUAGAGAAUACGUCUAUCAAGUCAACAGUGACAUCAUUCGACGAGCGUUUAGUGGCUGGUUUUCAAUACGCUCGCGAUCUGUCAGCGUCGAGUAUUACCGAGCAAGAAGCUCUACAGCGGAUACAUGAAUCACGAGAUUACGAUUCGCCCAGUCCCGACGGUAUGUCAAGAUCGGAGUCGCCUAACUCAUCACAUCGUUCAAGUCCUCCUAUUAGUCCCGGUUGCGAGGAUCAACAGCAUAUUGGUAUGCGUAUGGAAUUUGGUGAUGAAUUUAAAAAACCUAUAGUGCCGCCUCAUAGUCCUUUAAGACCACAGGAUUUUACUCUCUACGCCGGCGGUCAUCCUUAUCAGCUAUUGGCUCAAGGUGGCUCAGCUUUUCAUCGACCUUUAGAUCCGUCGGGAAAACCAAUACCGUUACCUAUGGGUCAACAUUUUAUGCCCUCGCAUUUACAAUUUGAGUUUUUGGCUCGUGCCGGUAUGUUACAUCAUCGCAUACCUGAAUUGGCCGCGUAUCCACAUCAUGCCAUUUUAGGUAAAACCCGUCGGCCACGUACAGCUUUCACUUCGCAGCAAUUAUUGGAAUUGGAAAAGCAAUUUAAGCAAAACAAAUAUUUAUCGCGUCCUAAGCGCUUUGAGGUCGCCAGCGGUCUUAUGCUAUCGGAAACUCAAGUGAAAAUCUGGUUUCAAAAUCGCCGAAUGAAAUGGAAACGUUCAAAGAAAGCCCAACAAGAGGCUAAAGAACGCAUUAAGCAGCAACAGCAGGCACAACAAAGCACCUCAUCGAACAAUACAGUCAGUUAGUUUUUGACACAAAAGCAAAGAGGAUUCUUUCAAUAAUUGGAUGCAAUUUAAAAAACAAAAAAACAAAAUAAAAACAAAAAAAAAAGAGGCAAAGAUAUAAAAACCUUGAAAACCUCCUUACCACCUUACAAUAAACAAAUCAUUAUUGAAUAUUGUGAUGGGGAGGAGAAUAAGUGCCGAUGCCACCUACAAGAUACGAGAUACGAGAUGAUAGUGUAAACUAAUCAAAAUGCUACACGAGUAGUGGUCGAUUAACUUGAAAGUGUUUAUGUGUGCAUAUGUGACGAGAUUGCAUUAAAGCGUGACGUGAAGAGGAGAGGAGAGGAUAGGCUUAAUUAAGACACAAUGUUAGGAAUUUAUAAAUAAAAGCCUAGGGUCCUCUUCUAAUCAUUAUAUAGCGAUAGAUUGGUUGAUUGACAGGCAGACAGACAGACAAACUGACUGAGUGACUGAGUGACUGACUGACUGACUGACUGACUGACUGUCUAUUUAAUUAUUGAUUGCUGGCAUUUUAUUAACUUUGUUGUUUUUUUGUUGAUAUGUACGGGGUAAACAGUUCAAAUUGCAACUGUUGCCAAUACAUUCUGUUUACCUUCGUAAUUAAUUCAAUUUAUUCGAAAUAUAUAUGUAUGUAUGAAAUGUAUACCUCUGUGCAUGUGUAUGUAUGUAUGUAUGUAUGUAUGUAUGUAUGUGAGUGUGUGUGUGUGUGUGUGUAUUUGUAUGCAUACGUGCGUUUAAAUGUGAAUGCGCCUGUAACUAAGUAACUAACUAACUAACUAAAUUCCAUUUAGCGAAUAAUUUGAUUAUUAAAGUGUUAAUAUGAACGACAAUUGUGUCAAUUUAUCAGCAAAAAUCAUAAUUGCUAUUGUUGUUGUUUCAAUGCGCGUACGCUUAUGCCUUUUCUUUUUUUUUCUUAUUCUACAUAAAUUCAAUUUUCUUCGUUGCCCUUCGCUUUCUGUUGUUAGGCAAAUAUUCGUUUCAUUUAAUUUUUAUAUAAUCUCAACAGCUACUUAAACAAACAAUUAAAUGAAAAUAACAGCAACGACAACAGCGACAACAACAACAACAACAGCAACAAUGAUAGAAAUCUGUAAACUAAUUCACUCUAUGUGAUAAUUAAUAGUAGGUAAUAUUCCUUGUGUAUGUGUGUGUGUGUGUGUGUGUGUGUGUGUGUGUGUGUGAGCGAGAAUGCAUUAGUGCUUAAGUGGCAAAACAAAUCAAUUGAAUUUUGUGUAAAUAAGUAUUUUCAUGUAAAUAUUGUACAGAGACUUGCAACACAAACACAUUUAUGCACUGUAUCUGUGCAUAAGUCUGCAGCGAAACUUCAAAAGAACAAAAAAGGAAGAAAAAUAUUAUUCGAAAUUGAGUUUUCAUCGCUUAUAUAUCUAUAUAUUAAAUGGCAAUGUCAAUAUAUCUGCCAUCGAUG